AUUCAUUCAUCAAAGGAUCAGUUUGUUAUGUACCAAAAAAAACAAAGGAUCAGUUUGUUUUCUUCCAUUGGUGCCUUUCUAUAAUCCUUCCCUCGUCUCUCUCUAUCGACGAACGCGCUCAAAGUUGAAAUAACCUUGCCGGCUAGAAAAGAUGGGUCUCCCGGUGAAAUCACCAGUGCAAAUGCAAUCACUAGAGGAAGAAGGCUGUUCAAAAAAAAGAAAAUACACAGAGAAAGACUUCUCACGCGUAAUGGAAAUGGAUUACCUUGACUCUGACUUUGAUGAGGAGGAAGAUGCCUUGCGCAGUCGCAAAAUGUUGGAUGAACUGCUUAAGACAUUUCAAAAAAAUUCAGAGGCUAUAGCUUCAUGCAGUAAGCUCAAGAAGCCAAAUUGCGAGACUAAUAUCGACAGCCCCGUGGCAAGGAAGAAGAAGAACAAGAAGAACAAGAAGAAUAAGAAGAAUGAGAGGGUCUGAAGAAAGGGAAAGAUGAACUGUUACUCAAGUACUUCUCGUUAUAGGUUGGAAUCAUGUGGGUUAUGCUAUGCUCAGCUCUAUGGUGUAUGCACAAAGUUAUUCUAUAAUUUGGGUGUGUUAUGUGUAAUGCUCUUUUAGUGUAUUCUUUUCUUGGAUUCCCACUUGUUUACGACUAUGUUUUGCUAAUCUUUGUGUGCUUCAAGAUUCAUACAUAUAUGUGUCAUAUGAAUACUUUUCCUCUUAAUUUGGAAUUUCCACAUAUUUAAACCUA